GUGGAGUCAGCUGCCAAGGCGGCAAACCUUCCCGGCGCUCGCUCAGUGUCGGCCCGGAGUGGAGGCCAGAAGAGGGCUCUGCGCCCGGCGGCCCGAUGAGGACACUACUGACCAUCCUGGCUGCGGGAUCCCUGGCUGCUCACAUUGCUGAGGACGCCUCGGAUCUCCUUCAGCACGUGAAAUUCCAGUCCAGCAACUUCGAAAACAUCCUGACUUGGGACAGCGGGCUGGACAGCGCCCCAGACACAGUCUACAGUGUCGAGUAUAAGACGUACGGAGAGAUCGAGUGGCUGGCGAAGCAGGGCUGCCAGCGGAUCACCCGGAAAUUCUGCAACCUGACCCUGGAGACGGCCAGCGUCUCCGAGCUCUACUACGCGCGGGUCACGGCCACCAGCGCGGGAGGCCGCUCCGCCACCAAGAUGACAGACCGGUUCAGCUCGCUGCAGCACACUACCAUCAAACCACCUGAUGUGACCUGUGUCCCCAAGGUGAGAUCCAUCCAGAUGACUGUCCAUCCCACCUCCACGCCCCUCCACGCAGGGAAUGGCCACCGGCUAACCCUGGAGGACAUCUUCCAUGACCUGUUCUACCGCUUAGACCUCCAGGUCAACAAAACCUACCAAAUGCACCUUGGAGGAAAGCAGAGGGAAUACGAGUUCGUUGGCCUGACCCCCGACACGGAGUUCCUUGGGACCAUCACAAUUUUUGUUCCAACCUGGUCCAAAGAGAGUGCCCCCUAUGUGUGCCGUGUGAGGACACUGCCAGACCCGACGUGGACCUACUCCUUCUCAGGGGCCUUCCUGUUCGCCAUGGGCUUUCUGGUCGCGGGGCUCUGCUACCUGAGCUACAGAUACGUCACCAAGCCUCCUCCGCCUCCCAACUCCCUGAACAUCCAGCGUGUACUGACCUUCCAGCCUCUGCGGUUCAUCCAGGAGCACGUCCUGAUUCCUGUCCUUGACCUAAGCGGCCCCGGCAGCCUGGCCCAACCUGGCCAGUACUCCCAAGUCAUGGUCUCUGGGCCCAGGGAGCCCCCAGGAGCCCCACCGCUGCACAACAUAUCUAAGAUCACCUACCUUGAGCAGUCGGACAUCGUGUUCCAACCCUCCAGGAUGCCACCUCAGCAGACACCGUCCCCGCUGUCCUACGCUCCCCAGGCUGCCUCUGAGGUCAGGCCCCCAUCCUACACACCUCAAGUCACCCCCAAAGCUAAAGCCCCAUCCUACACCCCACAGGCCGUCUCUUCCUACACCCCUCAGGCCAGUCCGGACAGCUGGCCUCCUUCCUAUGGAGUGUGCAUGGAAGGCUCUGGCAAAGACUCCCCUCCUGGGACACUCUCUAGUUCCAAACACCUCAGGACUAAGGGCCAGCUCCAGAAAGAGCCACCAGCUGACAGCUGCAUCACAGGUGACCUUUCUCUGCAGGGGAUGGCCUCCACGACUAUGGAGGAGCCCCAAGAAGCAAAAUCCUUCCACCAGCACCUGUGUGUCCACAUGGACAGAGCACCUGACACUAACGUGUUGCACAAGGGGGAGCCAGGGACACAGGGGUACCUGAAGGGCCAGCUGCCCCUCCUCUCCUCUGUCCAGAUCGAGGGCCACCCGGUGUCCCUCCCUUUGGAGACUCCUUCCCCCUCGUGUUCUCCCAUGGACCAGGUUUCCAGUCCCUGGGGCCUGCUGGAGUCCCUCAUGUGUUCCAAGGACGAGGGUCCAGUGUCCGAGACUGAGGCCAAGAGCACAGGCCCUCGGGCCUCAGACCUGGAGCAGCCCACAGAGCUGGACUCUCUUUUCAGAGGCCUGGCCCUGACUGUGCAGUGGGAGCCCUGAGUGGCAGCAGGACAGGCCUGGGGCUUUCUCUUCACCCCCAACCCAACCUCUUAUUCUCUGUGGCCAAUCCCAACCCAACGGUGCUGCGAACACAGCCCAGCCUCAGGUGGGUGCUGCUGAG